GGGCUCUAGCUACAUAGAACGAGCUAGCCGAGGUAAAAAGUUAACCUCUUAAAAACGCGCGCAAAAUCCUUGGUCUGUGGAUAAUUCUCGCAUAGAUUCGCCUAGAUGUUAUUGUUAUGAUACUUAAUUAUAUAGUAUAAAAGUGCUGGAUGAGUUCUAGAGAAGGCAUAGUUCUAAAGUGCAUCUGCAACAGACAAGCAUCUGAGCUCAAUUCAAUAAAUUUCUUUCAAAAAUGAAGAUUAUGAUCGUGAUUGCCUUUGCGCUGCUAGCCGUUGCUUCGGCUCAGGAAGAGCAGUAUACGACCAAGUACGAUAACAUCGACGUCGAAGAAAUCCUGAAGUCGGACCGUCUGUUCAACAAUUACUUCAAAUGCUUGAUGGAUGAGGGUCCCUGCACUCCGGAUGGUAACGAGCUGAAACGUAUCCUACCGGAAGCUCUCCAGACCAACUGUGCCAAAUGUAGCGAAAGUCAACGGGCUGGAGCCAUCAAAGUCAUCAAUUAUAUGAUCGAGAAUCGUGCAGAACAGUGGAAGGCUUUGCAAGAAAAGUACGAUCCGGAGAAUAUCUAUCUGGAGCAAUAUCGCGCCGAAGCUGAACAAAGCGGAAUCACGCUCUAGGAGGUUUCACUUGGGCAGUGUUUGUAGCCUAGAUAUUUUCAUACUAAUAUUAUGAAGUUAGUUUCAUGACAAUGGGGAUGUGAUGAAAUAAAUAAUAACAAACCAAUUUGAUCGAAUCGUCAUCACCUUCA